AUGGCUCCCAUGCGGGUCAUGGCACUUCGCGUGUCACUGACAACUUCUCUCCUCUUUUCCCCAUCCUGUCCAGACGGGCAAACGCUGCUCAGCCCGGUGAUAAUUUGCGGAGGUGCGCCGAACCUGGUGCUGAAGAAGCCGGUGAUCCUGUCGUUCCAGCACUGCGCUUCUCUGCAGCACGGGCAUUGGACCCUGGCUGUUUACAACUCUGGCGACGACGUCGUGCUUCCUGGACAAAGCUGCACUUGGGACCGAGUUGUUCAACUGGGAGAUGAGACGAUUAUCACCCCAGUUUUCACGCAACUGGAUUCCACGCACUGCCACCUGAUGAUUGAGACCCUGGGGAGAUACGCUUUGAUCGGACGCAGUGCGAAUGCUGGCGGAUACGCCGUGAAGAGCCUCCAAGUGGCGGCUUUCGUGUCCCCGAUGUCCGUGCCGAGCGUGGACGCUGAUCUCCGACUCAGAAUUUAUUGCAUGGAAGACAAUCGCAGUUCAUUGCAGGGCGUCCUUGCGGUCGAGAGGAAGCUGCAAGGACAGCUGGUGGACCAGCCAAAGACGCUUUUAUUCCAAGACGGCGGUGGUGGCUUGUUGCUGAAGGUUGACCCGGGACAACAUUACCGAGUCAGUCCUCCACAACGACAGGAGAUACAAUUUCCGUUGGUGUGGAGCAGCCCGCAGACAGCGUUGCUGAUGUCUGUCAGCCUGGAGAAAAUCGACCCGUGUGCACCAGACAUCGUCAUCGGUCAUAUUCUGAUGUCUCAGUUACAUCCGGUGCCCGUGGCUAGUUUGCCGUUGCCGUUGCCGAGGUCUCAAACCUUGCUCCUCGAACUUGACUUGCAACAGACCUCAAUGAUUUACCCGCAACCCGGACUAGCGGCGAAUUUCAACGCUUCAGCUGGGAAAUUGAGCUUGGAGCCGUGUGACAAGGUGUUCAGGAUCAGCGGGAUCGUCAAGAAGCAUCUGUGUCAGAGUCUGGAUCCGCCUAACUUGCAGGGCAAUGAUUGGCGACUCUUGGCCCAGCAUUUGGGCAUGGACAGGUACAUCAAUUAUUUUGCAACCAAAAGCAGUCCGACUGAGGCUAUUCUGGACUUGUGGGAAGCGCGGAACCGGGACGUGAAUGCGGUUCCAGAGAUCGUGGCGAUCCUGCUGUCGAUGAACCGACGGGAUGCUGCGGUGUCACUGCAGCAAAUCCCGUCAGCCACGGUGCAACCCAUGGUCUGGUGAAGACGCUUCCUCUCACAUCUUCCAUAUCCAGGGAUGAAAAUCUUGACAACCAUUUCUGAAUGUGAUACGUUGAUUAAUUAAUAUCAAACGGAUACCGCUCCAACGGGCGUGCUGUAAAAAAAAAGAAAGAAAGAAAAACAAAUUUUGAAAUCGAGUUAGAGGAAGCGAUGAGAGAAACGGUAGCGCGUUGUACCGUGAAGGUUCCUUGGGAUGUUGCGGAAGUUCUGAACGCGAGGUUUUUAUUCGGUGUGCCAAAAUUUCGCAAAGGCUGGCUUUGGAGCACAACGGCUGAAAGAUGCACAACGCGAGACCGGGGAUUUGCUUUGUAUAUCUGUUUUUGGGGGGGACUGAAUCUUCUGUGUCGAGCUGUUCUUGUUCUCAUGAGUGUUCAAUUUUAGUGUUUUUUUUAUUUUAUUCCCUGUUUGUUCUCGAUGUUGGUUCUACUCUAGUCAGGCAGAUCGGUCGACGACUUCGUUGAACGCUCUUGAAAUCAACUUGAUGUUUCGCUCGAACGCAUGCUUUUAUCGUCGAUGCGAACUGGGUGUUUUCCCCACAUGAUGUUUUGCCAAAAAAAAAGGAUUUUAGCUGAGAAAGAUUGUCAAAAAGGCUUGUUUGCUGUGUGCAAAUAUGGCCUCGGUUCGGAAUUGCGACGAUUUUCUUUUCAUGGAUGUUAUUCUGGAUAAUAUAGAGCAUUUCUUUAUGUCCGCGAGACAGAAAAUCGAAAUAAAGAUGGGUUGUUUUUUACAA